AUGGCCAAAUUUAAUGAACAAAUGACUGGAAUAUUUUCUUUAAUAAAACAAAUGGAUGGAAUUCGUUUUGGACGUGAAAUAACUGAGCCAACAAUACAAGCACCUAUAUUUAAAUCUGAAGGGGAAACUAUUGAACUUGAAACGAGAAAAGUUGCUAGUGCAAAAGAUUUUAUUCGAAAAGAAUUCUUUUGGAAUUUUUUAUUUGAAUUAAAUGGGUAGUCUUUGUUGUCAUAUUUACAAUUAGCUGUAGAGGGAUUACCUUUGGAGAAACAUAUCUUUGAAAAAAUUUUUUUGAAUUAAAUGUGGU